AUAUUGUGAUAUUUUCAUGAUUAAAUGGACCAAUUCUAAAAUAAUUAGAAGAUGAAAAAAUUAACAAAGAUUGAGAUUUAUUAUAUUUAAAAACAUAUGAAUAGUACCAUGAUUUUAUCUAAGCUAUUGUCAAAAACUGCCAGUCUUGGGAGAAAUCAAAUAAAACAGAUUCAUGUCAUCUACAGAAAUCAAUCCUGAAUCCAGAUAAUUAUUUAUUUUUAUUAUAUAAAAUUAUGAGAUUUUAUUAAGCUAAUUAUUAUGAAAUCUCGAAUCAAAUAUUUUGUGCUUAUUUCAAAAAGGAUUGAGAUUUAUUAUAUUUAAAAACAUAUGCGUAGUACCAUGAUUUUAUCUAAGAGAUUGACAAAAAAUGCUAGUCUUGGGAGAAAACGAAUAAAACAGAUUCAUGUAAUCUACAGAGAUCAAUCCCGAAUCCAGAGAAUUAUUCAUUUUUCUUAUAUACAAUAAUGAGAUUUUAUUAAGGUAAUCCUUAUACAAUUGCUGCCUCUCCGAGAAAUAUUUUGUUGUUGUCUCGGUUCCAAUUCAAAAUUAAACAAGUUCCUAAUCAUUAUCUAACAAAAAUAGCACUUUUUAUGUUUUUGAGUAAAUUUCCAUUAGCAUAUUUUAAUUGUUUUCUUUCGUUUUUUUACAAAUGUGGCUAUUUUCUAAACCAGUCUUUAACAUAUUAUUUUAUAUAAAAAGAUAGUUCUCAUAAUUCUACAUACAGAAAACACAAUUUCCUUUAUGUAAACAUCUCUACAAUAAUUUUUAUUAAUGCGGUUUAAAAUUAUGAUAUAAAUAAGAAUGAAACAAAUUAUGAUAUAAAUAUAAUAUAUAUGUAUACACAUAUAUAUAUAUAUAUAUUUUAUCGGAGAUGGUUAUUAUUUACAUCAAAGUUAUAUAAAAUAUUAUUGUUUAGGUCUUAAUGAUAUUUUAUUUCAUAAACUUAUUUAGUACUUUUUUUUGUCAUCAACUUAAACAGACUUAUACUAACUUAUUUAGUACUUUUAAAAAGGAAAUUUUAAAACUAAAUGCUAAAAGCACAUAAUUUCUAACUAUAGAUAAAAACUAUGAAUCCAAAACUAGACAAAUUUCUAUGCAAGUUUUUAAAAGCCUAAACUACUCUAAUAAUAAAAAAAAAACUAAAAACUAAAAACCAAAAAACAGAAUUUCAAAUGGAAGUUAUUCAAAGAUAAGCAAACAUUGAAGAUCAAAGUUAUAUUGGACUGUUAAAGGACAUAUCCAUACUAUUUUUAUUUUUUGAAUUGUUACCCAUUACGGACUAACAAAUUCAAUCCAAAAAAUAAAAAAAACAUAUAGACAAGUCCAAUUGAACGCGGACAACCGAUUUAAUUAUAUAAUAGCCAUAAUCACAAAAUAUCACCUGAAGAUGAUUUGGAACGUUUAUGGCAGAUCCAUUUCUAUCAAAUUUAUUUUCUGGAUCAUUGCCCAUUAUAGACUAACUAAUUCAGUCUGUAAUAAUUCAGAAUGUAUUCAAAGAUAUGCAAACUAUUAAGGCUGAAGUUAAAUUGGAUCAUUAAUGAAUGCGUGAAUGGAGUCGUUUUUUCUUCUUGCUAGCGAAUAGAGCCGUUUUCAUCUGCAGCAACACCAAAAUGAAUCAUAAACUCCAACUUUUGCAAAUUUUGGCAGAAAUUUAAAUUUUAGAAUUUUGAUGAAAAACAUAAUUUUGUGGUUUGGCUAUUAAUUAUAAAUUUUGGUUCUGUGAGAAAAAUUUCAAAUUGCAGUUCUGGCGAGAGAAAACAAUUUUGCUAUCUUAACAAAAAAUGUAAUUUUGUAGUUUAAAUGAAUAGAUAAUUUAUGGUUUUAACGAUUUUAACAGAAUAUAUAAUUUUGUGGUUUUACGGCUUUGAAAAUAUAAUUAUGUAUUAUUACAAAUAUUAUAUUUUUUUAGUUUUGGUGUGAUAGUGUAACUUUACAGUUUGAUAUAAUUUUACAGUUUAAACAUUUUCAUUAAAUUUUUAUGGAAAUAUAAAUUUGUAGUUUUGACAGAAUAUUAUUUUAUUGUUUUGAUGAAAACUAUCAUUUUAUUAAAACUGAAAUCUUAUUUUUCAUUAUUUGUACGUUGAGAUUACUUUUUUUUAUAAAAAAACAAUAUAUAUAUAUAUAUAUAUUAUAUAUAUAUAUUAACUGUUCAAAAUAUAGGACAAUUAGAGUUUUCAUGGUUUAAGAAACAUAGUUUUUCAAAAUUUGGUUGGUUUAUCAUAUUGUGAUAUUUUCAUGAUUAAAUAGACCAAUUCUAAAAUAAUAAGAAGAUAAUAAAUUAGCAAAAAAUGAGAUUUAUUAUAUCUUUAAAAACAUCCGAAUAGUUCUAUGAAUUAUAUAAGUGGUUGUCAAAAAAAUACCAGUUUUAGGAGAAAUCAAAUAAAACAGAUUCAUGUAAUCUGCAUAGCUUAAUCCCAAAUCCAGCAAUUUCUUCAAUUUUCUUAUAUGCAAAAUAUAAAUUUCAUUAAAGUAAUUCUUAUAAAACCUAGAACCAAAUUUUUGUUGUCUUGGUUCCAAUUCAAGAUUAAACAAGUUUGAAAUCAUUAUCUAAACAUAAAGAGCACUUUUGUUAUGUUUUUGAGUAAAUUUUCUUAGCAUAUUUUCAUUGUUUUCUUUACCCUUUUUUUUGGGGCAAAUAUGACUAUUUUAUAAACCAAUCUUUGAAAAAAUCAUUUUUAUAUAAAAAGAAAGUUUUGAUACUUCUACAUACAGAUAAACACAAUUUCCAUAUAUGAAAACAUCUCUACAAUCAUUUGUAUUAAUGGUGUUUUAAAAUGAUGAUAUAAACAUAAAAUAUAUAUACAUUACUUUAUCAGAAUAGCUAUGAUUUACAUAUAAAUUAUAUAAAAGAUUACUUUGUAGGUCUUGAUGAUAUUUUAUCUCAUCAACUUAUUUAGUAAUUUUAAAAGGGAAAUAUUAAAACUAAAUGCACAUUAUUUCUAACUAUGGAUAAAAACUAUAAAUCCAAAAAUUAGACAAAUUUCUAUUCAAGUCUUUUAAAAACCUAAAACUACUCUAGUGACAAAAAAGCUAAAAAACUAAAAUGCAGAAUUUGGAAUCUAUUCAAAGAUAUGUAAACAAUCAAGUUCAAAGUUAAAUUGGAUCUUUAAUAGACAUAUACAUUUCUAACUACUUUUAUGUUUUUGAUUGUUAUCCAUUACGAACUAAUCUAUUCAGUCUAAAAAAUAUAAAACGCAUAGAUACAAGCCCAACUAAACGCGAACAACCCAUUUAAUAGCUCUAAUCAUCAAAUAUCAAUUGAAGAUGAUUUGGGUUGUUAAUAGGCAGAUUCAUUUCUAUCGAAUUUCAUCUUUUUGAUCAUUACUAUUUCAGUCCAUAAAAACAAUUCAGAAUCUAUUCAAAGAUAUGCAAACAGUUAAGUCCGAAGCUAAAUUGAGUCGUUAAUAAACAAAUCCAUUUCUCUCUCGAGUUUUAUUUUGUUGGAUCGUUACCCAUAACGGACUAACCAAUUCAGUCCACUAAAAUAAAACGCGUAUAGACAAGCCCAAUUGAACGCGGACGACCCAUUUCGACACCCCUAAUCAUCAAAAACCCUAAUUGUGGCAGUCUUCUCUUAUUAUCAUCACUUAUCAUCUCACCUCCCUCCCCCAUCCUCCUCCACUCCGCAGGCUGCAUUCUUCCAAGGUUUUAGAGAUCAAUGGAACCCUCCUUCAAUGUCAACGCCAAUAUGCUCCGUAAUGAGACCAACAAUGCAAUUGUCUACUACCAUCUCAACAAGCUUUUAGCCUCGCAGUUUGAGAAACCCCCUCAAGAGAUCGCAGAGGCGUCGAGGUCUGCUUCUGCGGCCGCUACGGCCGCCGCUUCAGCUGCAAAGGCGGCCAGAGCUAACGCAAAUGCCAAAGCUUACGCUGCUGCUAGAGCUGUCGCUGCGGCUAAGGCCGCUCUGAAACUGAUCGCCUCGUUUCCUAACCAGGAGGAGGUCAGGAAGGACAAACAUGUUGCUGCUGCUGAGGUUGAGGCUGAGGUUGAUGAAGACGGCGACAUGGUGUUGAGGGAUCAAGAGUUGUUGUUACACUCUGGUGAUGCGAGUAAUGGGAUGAUAGUGCCAAUCUCUUCUCCGAGUAAAAAUGAGGAGUGGUCCGUGGGGAGGUUAAGAGAGAGGCCAAACGCAGAGUAUGAUUCGAUCAACAAGAGGAGUGCGGUGGAGGUGGGUUCGUCCAGUAGAGUGGUUGAAUCGUUGGGGAGUGGACAAGGAGGAGGAGCAAAAGAGGAUGUCCAGAAGCCGACCAGGAAGAGAGGACGGCCGAGGAAACAUUAGUUGUGUUUGUGUUUAACAUUAGUCUUUUGGUCUUGUGAUUUGGAUGAGUUCAGUGAAAACUUUUAGACUGUAAUUAACAGUUGUGGCCAUCUAAUCCCUAAUUCUAAGGCUUAACUUUUUUUUCUUUUUUUUUUGAAUUGGUUUUAAGACAAUGUUGCUGGAGUUUAGUGUGAGAUAAUAACAUUCUUGUUCUUACA